CAGCUUGAGGACUCCAGCUAUUUACAGGGCGACCCACCCUCGCUCUCACCGAGUAGACAGAACAGGGCAUGGCAUGUAAACAUCCAUUCCAUCCAUGUUCAGGGAUCGAUCGCAUUGCAUCGUCUUUUCUUGUCAAUUUUAACGGCCACAAAAACAAGAACCAGGGCACCCUACUCCUCCUCUCUAUCCUGCCUACAUCCGACAGUAACUCUCUCUACAUACUCGACUUGCCCUCCUAAAUACCUACUAUCGCGAUAACCCGAACGAGAGCCAAGACAUGCGAUAAUCGUCCGACCGCCUAAAACCUAUCCACCAUUAUUUUCUGCCAUCUCGUCAUUUGCCCGCAAUGACCAGGCCUCGCCGGCACUCCGGCGCGAGCGAGGAGAGCUCGGGUACGGCUCGGGAGCAGGUAGGCGAGAGGAACAUCGUUGUCGACGCGAUACCAGGCGGCUGACCAUGAUAAGGAGCUAGGGAGCAUGUAUGAUUACCUGGCCAAGAUUAUAUUGCUUGGGCCCAGCGGAACUGGAAAGUCCUGCCUACUACAUCGUUUUGUCAAGAAUGAAUGGAGAGUCUUGUCGUCGCAGACUAUCGGCGUAGAGUUUGCUACAAAGAUCAUCAAAGUUGGUACCGGCUCAAGGAGGAAACGGAUAAAGCUUCAGCUCUGGGAUACGGCCGGAACAGAGCGUUUUCGAUCAGUCUCUCGCUCCUAUUAUCGAGGCGCCGCGGGCGCUAUCCUCGUUUACGACCUCACCUCUCACGCAUCCUUCCGAAACCUACAACCUUUCCUAAAUGACGCUCGAGCGCUUGCAUCACCGAACCUGAGUCUUAUGCUCGUUGGCAACAAACUCGAUCUUACCGAUACACUCGUCGACACAAGUCUUCCGCCCCCGACACCGACGAGCGUUACAUCUAACUCAACACUAACAUCUGGUAUGCUCGGCGCCGGAGGCAGCUCUUAUACAAGUACAGCCACGACUAGGGAUCGCGGGGCAUCCAUAAGCGCAGGAAGUCAACAAAGAGCCACAGUCGCACCGGAAGGCAGAGAAGUUACGCGAGCGGAAUCCAGUCGAUGGGCCAGCACAGCAGGAAUAUCAGUGGUGACAGAAGCGAGCGCAUUCAACGGCGAGGGCGUUGAUGAGAUCUUCGAAAGGCUAGCAAGAAUAAUUCUCACCAAGAUUGAACUGGGAGAAAUCGACCCUGACGACCCCGCGAGUGGCAUCCAGUAUGGCGACAGUGGUGGAUGGAACACAGCUAGUGACGGAGGUAGCAUCAAGAGUUCUAUGACGGGCGCCACUGUGGAAGAUGGGCACAGCGGAUUGAGAAGGAGGAGGAAAAAGAACAGGACGCAGAACUGGGGACUACGGGAGUGGGAAGAGGUGUUUACGUUGAGCAAUCGGCGGAGAGGAGGUGGUUGUUGUUGAUUGUCCAAGUUAUGUUUUGCCUCUUUCCGCUUGGACCUCCUCAUAAUGGAUUGGCAGUGCUUGAAGAUAUGCGGUUGCAUGGUUAGACCGGUAGUGUUUAGGAAGACAUUCGUUCAUCAGCGUGUUUGGCGUUUGGAUAGACGAUAUGAAGCUGCGAACUGCACACGACUAAGCGAUUUUGCGAGCUGUACUUGAGUCCGAAUAAUGUACUUAGUAAUGACAACCUUUUCUGACUUCCAAGAGAUACCGCCUGUCGAUAUAGCUGUUCAAUUUGAGUACCGGUUACUCUAUUCUUUAGAAGCAAACAGUAAAGGUCAACACCAUCUGCA